UUAUUUUUCCGGCUUGUUCAUCGUAACCGGUCAAGAUGGCGUCUCAGCAGCCGCCGCCGAUGUCCCAACCUGGUUUACAGCAGCCUGCUUCAAUACAACAACAACAACAGCAGCAGCAGCAGCUGAGUCAGCAACAAGAUUUCGAUCCAGUUCAUAGGUUUAAGAUGCUUAUUCCACAGCUGAAAGAGAGUUUACAGAACCUGAUGAAGAUCGCAUCGCUGAAUUUGGCCCACAACACGGCAAUAGACAACGGCAUUAAAAGCAGCGACACCACUGUUCAGCGCUUUGACAAAAGCUUAGAGGAGUUUUAUGCCCUCUGUGACCAGCUGGAACUGUGUUUGCGGCUUGCUUAUGAGUGCCUCUCCCAGAGCAUUGACAGCGCCAAGCAUUCACCCAACCUGGUCCCAACAGCCACCAAACCAGACACGGUGCAGACGGAGUCCAUGUCUUACGCCCAGUACCUUGGCAUGAUCAAGUCUCAGAUCUCCUGUGCCAAGGAUAUCCACAAUGCUUUGCUGGAGUGUUCCAAGAAAAUUGCAGGCAAAGUACAGCCUCAGGGACUCAUGUAGACUGGAACUCUCUUUCCUUACGUUGCCAUUUGGGCAGGAGUCAUUUUCACAUCGUUCACAUCUUUUUUUUUUUAUUUACUUUGGUGGGAUGCUUUUUCAUUUCUCAAGAGCCUGUAUAUACUGUUCUGAUGUUUUUUUUGCUAUUAUGUUGUGUUUUUCAUAAGCUGUAAAUAUUCUUGACAGAAAGGCCUGUUCUAAAUUGACCAGCAGGUGGUGGCAGAGCUGUAACUGCCAGCUCCAUACCUGCAGGUCUUUCGUAGCCAGUUUGUAUUAAAUAAUAAAACCUUUCUACUGAAA